AUGCAAUCAGCACUUAACAAAAAAGAGGUCUCUCAAACAUCUCAAGGUUGCUGUCCAAACUUAUUGUUCAUCAAUUCAUCACUCCUUUCUCACAACAAUAACACAGUUACCAAACCCAGAAACAGCUCUUCGCAGUGUCGACAAACCUUUGCAGCAACAACAUCGUCCUCUAUUUUUCCAAACACAAAAUUCACAAACCAUGAAUCUCUUCCAUCGCUUCAUGAAUCAUACACUGAAUUCAACAGAGUUUAUCCUCAAUUCUCUGAGACUGAGAAAAUCGACAGUUUGAGAGCCAGAGAAUACUAUCAUCUCUCUUUCUUAAAUCAAUCUUGUCUUGAUUAUAUUGGUAUUGGUCUUUUCUCUUACUUACAACGCCAACAACAUGAUGCUUCAAAAACUCAACUUUCUUCUCCUUCAACUUCAACACCUCAAUCUCCACUGCAAUAUUCUGAUAUACCCUUUUUUAGUAUCUCCUACAAAACAGGAAACUUGAAGACUUUAUUGCUUCAUGGAGGGAAUGAGUCGGAAUUUGAGUCUUCAAUGAGGAGAAGGAUAAUGAAGUUUCUCAACAUUUCUGAAAAUGAUUAUUUCAUGGUUUUAACAGCAAAUAGAACAUCGGCUUUCAAACUUGUGGCAGAUUCAUAUCCAUUUCAAUCUUGUAAGAAGCUUCUUACAGUUUAUGACUAUGAAAGUGAAGCAGUGGAAGCAAUGGUUGGCUCUUCGGAAAAAAGAGGAGCGAAAUCAAUGUCAGCUGAAUUCUCAUGGCCAAGACUAAGGAUUCAAUCAACAAAAUUGAAAAAGAUGAUUGUUAGUGAUAACAAUAAGAGGAAGAAAAACAAAAAAACUGGUCUUUUUGUAUUCCCACUUCAUUCAAGGGUGACAGGAGCAAGAUAUCCUUAUCAAUGGAUGAGAACGGCUCAAGAGAAUGGUUGGCAUGUUUUGAUUGAUGCUUGUGCAUUAGGACCAAAAGACAUGGACAGUUUUGGUCUCUCUCUCUUUCAACCAGAUUUUCUCAUUUGUUCAUUCUACAAAGUUUUUGGAGAAAAUCCAUCUGGUUUCGGUUGCCUUUUUGUCAAGAAAUCUUCUAUUUCCCUUCUUGAAUCUUCCUCUUGUGCAGGAAUUGUCAACCUUGUACCAGAGAGAAAUCUUCUGAACAAUCUAUCAGAAAAUUAUUCUACUUCUAGUAAUAAUAGUCAAGUAGAAAUUAUUGAUCCAAAAAAAUCACCAUCUAUCUUACAAGAACAAGAAUUAUCUUCUUUGAUUUCUUUCUCUGGACGGAUGCAAACUCCACAAUUUGUUAAAGUUGAAGCAGAUCCAAAAGCUCCAGAAGGUUCUGGAACUGAUGAGGCGAAAAGGGUAGUUGAGAACAAACAAAUUAAGAUUGUAGAAGAUAGUAAAAACGGGAGCUUUGACAUUGAAUGCAGGUGUUUGGACCAAGUGGACUCUUUAGGAUUGACACUGAUAACCAACAGAGGAAGGUACCUGAUAAACUGGCUAGUGAACUCAUUGCUGAAGCUAAAGCACCCUAGUGACGAAGGGGUUCCAUUAGUAAAGAUCUAUGGUCCUAAGAUACGAUUCGAUAGAGGACCUGCUUUGGCUUUCAAUGUUUAUGAUUGGAAAGGUGAAAAAGUUGAGCCUGUUUUAGUACAGAAACUUGCUGAUAGAAACAAUAUAUCUGUCAGCUAUGGAUUUCUGCAUCAUAUUUCGUUUGCAGAUAAGUAUUCAGAAGAGAAGGGAAGAGUCCUACAGAGUAAAGAAGGAAGAGGUGAGAAAGUAGAGACGAACAAGAACAAAGAUAGAGAUAAUAACUUGGGAGUGACAGUGGUUACUGCUGCAUUAAGCUUCUUGGCUAAUUUCGAAGAUGUCUAUAAACUAUGGACUUUUGUUGCUCGGUUCCUUGAUGCAGAUUUUGUGGAGAAGGAGAGGUGGAGGUAUACUGCUCUUAAUCAGAAAACAAUUGAAGUUUAA